AUGGCUGCUGCGAGCGGUUUCUCCGCAGCGUUGGCAGGUGCCGCGGUGGAGACCUUCAGCCGCCGGAACCAACGGCGGCCCUCGACUGCUUCUUCUUCUUCUUCAUUCUGUGCUACAUCAUCUUCCAUUUCUUCUGCGAACUGGAUCUCGAUAUCCGCCAAGCCCGCCCUCGUGGGCCACUCCAGGGUCGGCACAAGAGGACCCUUUCCAUGGUGCGAGGCGACUUCGGAUCGGGAAACCGCCGCGGCUGCGGCCUCAGAGGCGGUAGCGGCGGGGUCCUCCCAGGCGUCCAGCUUCUCCGCUCUCGAGCAACUCAAGGCAUCUUCAGGCGACCGUAAGUUCCUUCCUCUUUCCCUUCCCAUUUAUCCAUGCCGAUCUAGUCAUUCGUUAUCCCUACCGUCUGCCCGAUUCUUUUACCGGUCCAUCCUCCUCCAAGGCUCGAUCUUUUUCCAGGAUUUCGCUAUCGAUUUUCCAUCAGUGCGUUUCCCCCUCCCACUCGAAACAUUUCCAAGAGGCACGAGCUGUCAAUUGUGACAUCCAACCAACAGAUUUCACCCUCUGUCAGUUGGUCUCGAUUAUUUUUCUCGUGGGACUUCUCGCCUACAGUUCAACCAGCCCAGUCCGUUCAUGUCCCCCCUUUCAACAUCCUGUACCACUUUUCUCUUCUCAGGAUACACGAAGGAACGGAGCAGCAUUGCAGUCAUAGGCCUUAGUGUUCACACUGCACCGGUAGAAAUGCGUGAAAAGCUCGCCGUUCCGGAAGCCCAGUGGUCCCGUGCCACCGCCGAGCUCUGUGACCUGCAUCACAUAGAGGAGGCUGCUGUUCUCAGCACCUGCAAUCGGAUGGAGAUAUACGUGGUGGCCCUCUCGUGGCACAGGGGAAUCAGAGAAGUGAUGGCGUGGAUGUCCAAGGUGCCGCCACUUGCUCGCUCUACUUCGUGGGGGCACAGUGAGCCCGCUUUAGGCUACUUCCUUCCCGUGAUGUCUGACGUUGGUUCUCUUCGUCCUGCAGAUCAGCGGAAUCCCAGUUGAGGAGCUCCGGCAGCACCUGUUCAUGCUCCGGGAUGGCGAUGCCAUCCGCCAUCUCUUUGAAGUGUCUGCCGGCCUGGACUCACUCGUGCUCGGCGAAGGGCAGAUUCUUGCACAGGUGAAGCAGGUUGUCAGAAUCGGGCAAGGAAGCGGAGGUCUGGGGAAAGUCAUCGAUCGACUGUUCAAAGAUGCAAUAACGGCGGGGAAACGUGUCCGCAGCGAGACGAACAUUUCAUCCGGUGCUGUAUCUGUGAGCUCCGCGGCCGUUGAGUUGGCCCUGAUGAAGCUCCCAAGAUCCCGGGCUCUCUCUGCCAGAAUGCUCUUGGUCGGUGCAGGCAAGAUGGGGAAGCUGGUGAUCAAGCAUUUGGCUGCAAAGGGUUGCACCUCCGUUGUGGUGGUGAAUCGCUCGGAGGAAAGAGUUGCGGCCUUACGCGAAGAGUUGAAAGGCAUGGACAUAAACUACAAGCCCCUGAGCGAGAUGCACUCUUGUGCAGCGAAAUCUGACGUGAUCUUCACGAGCACCGCCUCCGAGGUACCGUUGUUCUUGAAAGAGGAUGUGGAGGUUCUGCCUCCAGUAAGCGAAGCCGCCGGGGGCUCGCGACUUUUCAUCGACAUUGCUGUUCCUAGAAAUGUGGGCUCGUGUGUCUCUGAGGUUGGAACUGCGCGAGUUUUCAACGUGGAUGAUCUCAAGGAGGUGGUGGAAGCAAACAGGGAAGAUCGGCUCCGGAAGGCCACGGAGGCUCAAUCGAUCAUCGAAGAGGAACUGAGACGGUUCGAGGCGUGGAGGGAUUCUCUGGAGACGGUGCCCACCAUCAAGAGGCUAAGAUCCUACGCCGACCGGAUCAGACUCUCGGAGCUUGAAAAGUGCUUGCAGAAGAUUGGCGACGACGAUUUGAGGAAGAGAUUCAGAAAGGCUCUGGACGAGAUGAGCACAGGCAUCGUCAACAAGCUCCUUCAUGGCCCAUUGCAACACUUGAGAUGCGACGGCAGCGAUAGUCGGAACCUCGACGAGAUGCUCGAGAAUAUGCACGCUCUCAACAGGAUGUUCAGUCUCGACACGGAGAAAUCAGUUCUGGAGCAGAAGAUCAAAUCCAAGGUCGAGAAAGCUCAAAGAUGA